AUGAUUCAGGGCUUCUGCUUCCAAGACAUGUGUGAUCCAAUCUCUCAUCCGUAUGGCGGUGAUGUGACAUCCGUGCUAGCCAAUAACAGUCCAUUCGCAGACGCCACCGCCACACCAGCGGACAAGCAGCAUGAUGUGUGGGGAAGCAGCGUUUUUUAUCUGCCCGAGUUGGGCGCUGACCUGCAGAACGAGCCACACCAUGACAGCGCCGAAAAGGGCAACAGCAAUGGAAAUUCACAGGUUGUUCCCUCCCACACAUGCGUCCCAGCGCAGGUGACGAUCAGCGAUGAGCGGACUACUAGCCUCGUAAUUGAGUCCAAGGCAACGAUCGCACCCACGCCGAGUGCGCAGUGCUUGUCGUUUGGUUCCACAGGGGCGCAGUCGACCGUCCCCUCUGCGAAAAAUGGUGGCAUGAAUCCACCAAUAGCGCGCUCUGUAGUAUAUCCUCCAAACACCAAUCAGCUCAGCUUCUCCUCGCUCAUGUGUGUCGGGACCACGACGAUGUCGCCUAACAGCAACAACAAUAAUAACGGCAUGACAUACCAACAGGCGUCUCCGGUUACAACGGCAAUACCAGGUAACCUCCCAGCCUUCUUCACGACGGCACAGGGUGGCAACAAUGUCGUGAUGCGCACACACACCCCAUCACCGCAGACGCUGUACAUCUCCCCUGGUGCCCCCACCAUGAUCCCCUACUACGUGCUCACCUCACCCCAGCCAGGCCUAGAGGUCAAUGGGGCGAUGGCGUAUUCGUCCAUGCCUGCCGCUCCGCAACCGAUGGGGACAGUGAUGUACGGGCAGUGGCAUCCAACAGCUGGUGCUGCAUUGGGGUCCGCUUCUGUUGCCGCGCCAACUCCUGCUGGCGUGCCCGUGGCUUCCUUAGGCAUGCCGCCGGCAUUCACAACGCGAGUCGUCACGUCCGCUCCACAGCCUGUUGCCAACUUCGCUUCAGCCGAAGCCAAUCCAAACUCCGGAAGUGAACCCUCCCCAAUUAAUCCGUGCGGGGAUAACUCCGCAGCCCACAAGGCUGCGCCAAAGGGCAGCCCGCCAAGCUACGAUUCCCUCAGGCUUCAACUAACUAAACGUCGUCAGCCUCCGGGCCGGCAGCGCUCCGGCACUAACGUUCACGGAAGUCUGCAAGGUAUUUGCGCGUACUACUCCUACAACCUUUCCGCGGCCUUGAAACAGUAUGAACAGCCCGAUGCCCAUCCAACGAAACCAGGAGAACAGGUGCUACCUGUGUUCAUUCAAAUGUUUCCAUGCGAACUGCGGGACCGCACUAUUAUCGUGCUGAAUCGUGUUGUUGAGGCUACAUGCGGUCCUGACGUCGCCACUGUUGUUGGGAUUGAGCCACGCUCCGAGACAUCCUUCAUUACGCUCGUCCGCACCAAUGAGGUAUGGCUUUUGAUUCACAAACUGCGGUGUCGUGUGCUGAUGGACCGGCACGGCUUCUGGUACGCAGAGAACAUGGAACAGUACCUGCGGCUAAAGGAGUACUGCGAGGGCGUGCGGCGGCUUCCGCAGCAGAUGCGCCACUUCCAGACAGACGGACUACCGUGCAUGCCGUUGGUUGUGGAGCUUUCACGGAGUGUGAACGCUGCGGCGGUGACAUCUCCACCGGCCCCCCCAUCCUUUGACGAAGUGGCACCCAUCGCCACGGUGGAGCGCCACGCACGCACCGCGACAGCGACGGGCAGCAACGACGACGGUGACUCCUCGCCCCGCUGCGAGAGCGGCGUCGACAAGGGCGGCGUGAGCUGCGGUGCGCCGCAGCAGCAGCAAUGA